UAGAUUCCUCCUUUAUUGCACUGCACAUAUAUCACUAUAUUGAGAGAACCGUUUCUGGGAUUCCAAAACUAGAGCCAAAAGAUGUCAGAAGGAAAAGCUAGGAUUGAGGAAACUGACAUCCCAGUGAAGAUGCAGACACGAGCCAUGGCUUGUGCUGCUCAGGCCCUUGAUCUCUUUGAUGUUUUUGAUUGCAUAUCUAUUGCUGCCCAUAUCAAGGAGUUUGAUAAGAUGUAUGGGAGUGGAUGGCAAUCUGUGGCGGGUUCAAAUUUUGGUUGUUUCUUCACUCAUACACCAGGGACUUUCAUCUAUUUUGCACUGGAAACCCUCAAUUUCCUUAUCUUCAAGGGAGCCACUUCUUAAAUUUGCUGCACUAUAUAUAUAUAUAUAUAGAGAGAGAGAGAGAGAGAGAGAGUCCUAGCCUCCUAGGGGCACCCACAUCAUAUUGUGUGGUAUAGGAUUAAUGGAUUCUUCUUUUAUGUGAUCAAAUUUUGUAUGAUGGUGUUAGGGGUGGUGUAUAAAUGGUAGAGUAGUAGUUGAAGCUUCUCUGUACUUCAAAUAUGCCUCUUUGUAGUUUAUGAAAAUCACAUUAGGACUAAAGAUCAUUUGUUAUAUGUUUUAAUUUCCAUUAAUUAGUAUGUUUUUUUCCUCUUAAUUAUUUCUCCACUUUUUCGUUUUCUAAAUGUACGGCAACUAUU